UCUGUUCGUUUCCAUGACAAUAUCCAAGUAACCAACGCAAGCACAUAAAAACGCACGAACUUCCGGCUUCCGGCUGAACUUUAAAUUAUUUCAUUUUGGAUCAACAGAGCGGUUAAAACAUUAAAGCAAACCAUCAGAUCAGUAAAACGACAUGAUGCAAGUAAUCCCCGCAUGAACAGCAUCACUACGUAGGACAGACAAUGCAGCAACGCUAGCGCUAACACGCGCACCUGUUCAGAUCCGCCUGUGCUCACUGCAUGCUGUCUGUCCAGCGAUAUUUACGAAUAAAAUAUCGAUUCCAUGCUGUUGGGGCUGAAUAAUUUCAUGAUCUGAGCGACAAUGGACUCUAAAAGGGAAAAAGACAACGUAACCGAAUGUGCAAAAAUAACCAACGUGCUUCUGAAGUCCCGCACAGGCGAGUUUGAUUUGGAGUCGAUUUUGUUCCUCAAACUGAGGAAUUUAGGAAUUUAUGAUCUUGGAUGUAUAGGAGAAUGUUUAAACCUGGAGAGGCUGGACCUUUCGGGCAAUAACAUCACAAAUUUGGGGCCUCUUUCGCCCUUGCGAAGGCUUCUUGUUCUUAACUUAUCAGCCAACAGGAUCUCGAAUUUAGAACCCCUUUCCAGUUGUGAAAGUUUACAGAGUCUAAAUUUGGCGGGGAAUGUUAUACCGAGUAUUGAAAAUCUUCACGCACUCAAGUCUUUAAGGAAACUUGAAAGCGUUCGGUUAAGAGACAACACUUAUAAUUACUCCAAUCCAGUCUGCAAGAAUUCUUCAUACCGGACGAUUCUUCUUGAUAUAUUCCCAAACAUCAAAGUUUUAGAUGGUGAAAGGGUUGUGGGACGUGGAAGUGACUUGUACCAACUAUGCAAAGACAUUGAUGAUACAAUUAAAGGCUUGUUUAAAAAUAGCCAACUGCCAGAGGUGCCGGAGUGUAAACCUUGGGUGGAUGAUGGUUUUUGGGACAUAAAAAGAUCAAACAAUGCCAUUGUUGAUGAAGCCUAUAAACAAUUCAGUGAUGUUCUUCAUGAAUGCCGACUGCUAAAUAGCAGAGCAGCCCAUGUCAUAGCACAAAAUGAAAGAUGCUUCAGUCUGAAGAACCAACCAAAGCAGUAUGCAGUUUGAAUCUGGGGAUUCAAUCACAUUAUGUUUCCAUUCACUAAGAAUGCAUAUUGCAUAUUUUUUCCACAGCUUUUUUAUGUCUUUUCAAAUAUCCAUAUGCUUGAUGCGUCACCAGUGCCAGAAAUCCAAAAUGCUCCGUGUUGCCUGUGGUGUGAGGGUUCAGUUUGCUACAUUUAGUGUUUUCUGACUUACCAAUAAUUUGAUCACGCUCUCAGGAUGUUCAAACAAAUAUUCUUUGCACUCCUAAAACAACAAUGUAUUUGACAUAUGCGUUAAAUUAUGCUUAAAAUGCUGCUUUUUGUAUAGUGAAACACUUCUAGGGGUGGUUUCCUGGACAGUUUUAUCUUUAGCCAGGACUGGGCCUUAGUUUAAAUAUGAAAUAUAACUACUUUAACAAAGGGCACUGAUGUAUUCUUUAAGAUAUGCCAGUGAAAAUUGUUUUAAGUUUGGACAGCUCCUACAUUUAUUUUAAUCUAGAACUAGCCUAAUUCCUGUCCAGGAACGCCCCCUAUUGUUUAUCAAUCGUUUCUGAGGCUUUCCCAUGUUGCACUUCUUUUUUUAAAAAUUAAGACAAUGCCUUUUUAUUGUAUGCUUAACGUGGACAAAUUUUGUAACUGAAUGUGUCUGUUUGUUUAAUGCUGUAUUUUAUUUCCUUUUCUUUGCAUAGUCAGCCUUUUGUUUUACACUACAUUUAAACUGUAUGAUGAGUGCUUUGCAUCUUUGUAUUUACUUAUAAAUUCAACCCAGAAAUGUU